GUCCCCUUGACUCCUCCCUGCGCGGCCAGGCUCUUCCUCCCCCGCGGCCCGAUCUCCGGGUGGCAGCGGCUGAGCCCGGAGCGAGCGCGCUGGGCGCGGCCGUCCCGUGCCGCCCGUCCGAGCCCGAGAGUACCGCGGUCAUGGUCUGUGCGGUGGCGCGAGGCGCCUAAGCCCGGGGCGCGACCUCCGGAGGCGGCCGGCGUGGGCGCUCCCCAGAGGCCGACGGAAGGUGAGCGCUGUGGGCUAUGGGAUGGAUGAGGUGGAGCAGGACCAACAUGAGGCCCGACUCAAGGAGCUGUUUGACAGUUUUGACACCCUGGGAACUGGGUCUCUGGGUCAAGAGGAGCUCACUGACCUCUGCCAUGUGCUGUGUUUGGAGGAUGUGGGCCCAGUGCUACAACAGACACUACUCCAGGACAACCUCUUAGGCAGGGUACAUUUUGACCAAUUUAAAGAAGCAUUAAUACUUAUCUUGUCUAGAACUCUAUCCAGUGAGGAACACUUUGAGGAGUCAGACUGCUCACCAGAAGCUCAGCCCAAAUAUGUUAGAGGUGGGAAGCGUUAUGGACGAAGAUCACUGCCUGAGUUUCAAGAGUCUGGGGAGGAGUUCUCGGAGGUGACAGUGCUUGAGCCACUAGAGGAAGAAGCAAGGCCACCACACAUCCCAGAUGGUGACUGCAGCGAGCACUGGAAGACACAGCGCAGUGAGGAGUAUGAAGCAGAAGGCCAGCUGAGGUUUUGGAACCCAGAUGACCUGAAUGCUUCACAUGGUGGGUCUUGCCCUCCUCCAGACUGGAUAGAAGAGAAACUGCAAGAGGUUUGUGAAGAUCUGGGGAUCACCCGAGAUGGUCACCUGAACCGGAAGAAGCUGGUUUCCAUCUGCGAACAAUAUGGAUUACAGAAUGUGGAUGGAGCGAUGCUGGAAGAGGUGUUUCUCAGCCUUGAUCCUGAUGGUACAAUGAGUCUUGAAGACUUUUUCUAUGGUCUGUUUAAGACCGGAAAAUCCCUCAGACCAUCAGUAUCUACUCCCUAUAGACAAUUAAAACGGCAUCUCUCUAUGCAGUCUUUUGAUGAGAGUGGACGGCGGACCACAACCUCAUCAGCAAUGACAAGUACCAUUGGCUUCCGGGUCUUCUCCUGCUUGGAUGAUGGGAUGGGCCAGGCGUCUGUGGAGAGGAUACUGGACACCUGGCAGGAAGAAGGCAUUGAGAACAGUCAGGAGAUCCUGAAGGCCUUGGAUUUCAGCCUGGAUGGAAAUGUCAACCUGACAGAGCUGACGCUGGCUCUUGAGAAUGAACUCUUGGUUACCAAGAAUGGCAUUCACCAGGCAGCUCUAGCUAGCUUCAAGGCUGAGAUCCGGCAUUUGUUAGAACGAGUUGACCAAGUCGUCAGAGAAAAGGAGAAGCUCCGGUCGGACCUGGAUAAAGCAGAAAAGCUGAAGUCUCUAAUGGCUUCUGAGGUGGACGAUCACCAUGCGGCCAUUGAGCGGAGGAAUGAAUACAACCUCAGGAAACUGGAUGAAGAAUACAAGGAGCGCAUAGCAGCCUUAAAGAAUGAACUCCGACAAGAGAGGGAACAGAUCCUGCAGCAAGUGGGCAAGCAGCGGGUGGAGCUCGAACAGGAAAUUGAAAAGGCCAAAACAGAAGAGAAUUACAUCCGGGACCGCCUUGCCCUCUCCCUGAAGGAAAACAAUCGCCUGGAGAAUGAGCUUCUGGAAAAUGCAGAGAAGUUGGCAGAGUACGAGAACCUGACAAACAAACUUCAGCGCAAUUUGGAAAAUGUGUUAGCAGAAAAGUUUGGUGACCUCGAUCCCAGCAGUGCUGAAUUCUUCCUUCAAGAGGAGAGGCUGGCGCAGAUGAGAAAUGAAUACGAGCAACAGUGCAGGCUACUACAAGACCAAGUGGAUGAGCUCCAGUCUGAGCUGGAAGAAUAUCAGGCGCAAGGCAGAGUACUCAGACUCCCCUUGAAGAACUCACUGUCAGAAGAGCUCGAAGGUCACAGUAGUGGUAUUGAACCCAACCAAGGGCCUGGUUCUGAAGAGUGCAACCCACUGAAUAUGAGCAUUGAAGCAGAGCUGGUCAUCGAACAGAUGAAAGAGCAGCACCACAGGGACCUGUGUCAUCUGAAACUGGAGCUGGAAGACAAAGUGCGCCACUAUGAAAAGCAGCUAGAUGACACCAGGGUUGCCUGUGAAAAGGAGCAGGCUGCCAUGAAGCAAAAGUAUGAGCAAGGAGUGCACACCUUGGAGAUGCAAAUCAGUGACCUUCGGAGUGAGAUUGCAGACCUUCAAGGGCAGGCGGCCGUGCUGAGGGAGGCCCACCACAAGGCCAGCUGCAGGCAUGAGGAGGAAAAGAAACAACUGCAAAUGGUGUUCGAUGAGGAAAAGACUCAGCUUCGGGAGGAGCUGCGGCAGGAGCAUGAGAGGGAGCUCAAAGCCAGGCUGCAGCACGCAGAGGAAAGCUUUCUCCAGGAGAGAGAGGGACUCGCUCAGGCUGCUGCCUGGACUGAAGAGAAGGUGAGAAGCUUGACUCGGGACCUGGAGCAAUCUUACCAGGAACAGCUGCAGAGUCUGAUGGAGAAACAUGCUCUUGAGAAAGAAGAGCUGAGGAAAGAGCUCUCAGAACAUCACCAAAGGGAACUCCAGGAGGGAAGGGAAAAAAUGGAAACAGAGUGUAAUAGAAGAGUCUCUCAGAUAGAAGCCCAGCUUCAGGCUGACUGUGAGAAAGUCACUGAGCACUAUAAACAAACUCUGCAAAGCCUUGAGGGUCACUACCACCAAGAGCUAAAGGACCUCUUGGACCAGCACCUGGAGGAGAGAUCUCAGUGGGAGUUUGAGAAGGAUGAGCUCGCUCAAGAGUGCACAGAAGCCCAGGAACAGCUGAAGGAGGUGCUCCAGAGGGAGAAGGCAACCACUCUGGCCAUGAACCAGGAACAGGAGAUGUUGGAGAAGACAUACAAGGAACGCUUGAAUAUUCUAAGCAUGGAAAGAGAGAAGCUGUCGCAAGACCUGAAAGACCUACGGAACGCAUCUGAGAGUCAGCACAGCCUCCUGUCUGAUCAGAUACUUGAGUUGAAGAGAAGUCAGGAGAGAGAGCUGAGAGAGCAAGGGCAGGUGCUGUGCCAGACAGGGGUCUCUGAGCAGCUGGCCAGCCAGCAGCUUGAAAGGCUUCAGGUAGAGCAUGAGCAAGAGAGGCGAGAAAUGGCAGGCAAGCUUGCUGCCCUGGAGAACACCCACAGAGUGAACUGUGAGAGAGCAGAUCAAGAGAAGGCAGAGAUGAGCGCAGAAAUCCGCAGGCUUCAGAAUACGGUCAAGGACAUGCAGCAGGCAGCCUCUCUCUUGGUGCUUCAGGGUGCCUGCCAGGCAACGGCAGGGGAGGAGGCAGAAGGAAAUGGAGCCAUGUCUCUGCUUCAGCAAGGGGAGCAGCUGUUGGAAGAAAAUGGAGAUGUCCUCAUCAGCCUACAGAGAGCUCACGAGCGUGCAGUGAAGGAAAAUGCAAAAAUGGCCACGGAAAUUUCUAGAUUGCAACAGAGGCUGAAAAAGUUAGAGCCGGGGUCAGUGAUCUCAUCUUGUUUGGAGGAGCAGACGUCUGAGAUUUCUGGAUGUUCCAGGGAACAAGCAGAACCAAUAAUGAAACAAGGUACAGCCACCAAGCACUUCCUGAGCGACCUAGGAGACCACGAGGCCAGGGACCUGGGAAGUACAGGGACAAGCUCUGUUCAGAGGCAGGAGUAUAAAACUGAGGAGUCGGAAGCUUCCCUGGAGUGCUUUUCUGAGCUUGAAAACAGUGAAGACACCAGGACCGGAUCCUGGGACCUGAAGAAUCAGAUCAUCCAGCUUCAGGAGCAACUGACGGUCUUGCGUGCAGACUGCGAACGGGCUUCUGAGAGGAAGCAGGACCUGCUCUUUGAUAUUUCUGUGCUGAAAAAGAAACUAAAGAUGCUGGAGAGACUCCCUGAGGCAUCUUCCAGGUAUAAGGUAUUAUAUGAGGAUGCAGCCAGAGAAAACACCUGCCUCCAGGAAGAGCUGAGACUCAUAGAGACUCGCUAUGAGGAGUCACUGGACAGUAACAAAGAGCUCACCGCUGAGGUCUACAGGUUGCAAGAUGAGAUGAAGAAAAUGGAGGAGGUGAUGGAGACGUUCCUCAGCCUGGAGAAGAGUUACGAUGAGGUUAAACUGGAAAACGAGGAGCUCAGUGCUCUGGUGUUGAGACUUCAGGGGAAGAUGGAGAGGGUACUGGAAAGGGCCACCCUGCAGGGUGACAGCUACUCCCUGUGGGAAGCUCCUUCAGAAAACCUGGAGUUCACCUCUGAUGAAAAGAGGCUUGAACUCCAUCAGACUCCAGAAGAGUGUACACCCAAGGUCAUGAGCAUGCACCACAUCAUAGAAGAGUGUAGACAAGAAGCCCAGUGCUAUGAACAGGGUAGCACACGGCUCCUAGCAAGAAUAAAAGCACACGAAAUUGCCUGGUUCCGCAGAACAGUUCAGGCACAUCAGGAAAAGCCUAGCUUGCAGAAUCGAGUUAUCCUGGAGGGAAAUGAUGCUCUCCUAGGCCUCCAAGACACACAUCUUCAACAUGAGGCCGUGAUCGCAGAGUUAGAACUGGAGAAGCAAAAGCUACAGGAGCUGACUAGAAGUUUGAGAGAGCGAGUCACUACGUUAGUUAAGCAAAAAGAUACUCCUUCUCAAGGAGAGAAGGAGGAAGAGCUGAAGGCAAUGAUGCAUGACUUGCAGAUCACGUGCAGUGAGAUGCAGCGGAAGGUUGAGCUUCUGAGAUAUGAAUCUGAAAAGCUUCAAGAGGAAAAUUCUGUUUUGAGAAAUGAAAUUACUACUUUAAAUGAAGAAGAUAGCAUCUCAAACCUGAAAUUGGAGGAAUUAAAUGGAUCUCAGGAAGAAUUGUGGCAGAAAAUAGAAACCAUAGAACAGGAAAAGGCUUCAAUUCAGAAGAUGGUUGAAAAAUUAAAGAAACAGGUUUCAGAUUUAAAACUCAAAAACCAACAGUUGGAUUCAGAAAAUAUAGAACUCAGCCAAAAGAACUCCCAAAACAAGGAAGAACUGAAAACCCUUAAUCAACGUCUGGCAGAAAUGCAGUGCCAGAAGGAUGAGCCAGGAACUUGCACCUCUGAGAAAUGGGAACAAGAAAAUGUGAGCCUCAAAGAAGAACAGGAUCGCUACAAAGUGCAGACUUCCACUUUGGUGUCUUCUCUGGAGGCAGAACUUUCUGAAGUAAAACUGCAGACUCACAUUGUGGAGCAGGAAAACCUCCUUCUCAAAGAUGAACUGGAGAGACUGAAGCAACUGCACAGAUGUCCUGACCUCUCUGACUUCCAGCAAAAAAUGUCUAGCAUUCUAAGCUACAACGAAAAACUGCUGAAGGAAAAAGAAGUUCUCAGUGAGGAGUUAAAGAGCUGUGCAGAUAAGUUGGCCGAAUCAAGUCUCUUAGAGCACAGAAUUGCCACAAUGAAGCAGGAACAGGAGGCCUGGGAAGAGCAGAGCCAGAGCCUGAAGUCACAGCUGGCUGUAUCCCAGGAAAAGGUUCAGAAUUUAGAAGAUAUCCUACAGAAUGUAAACCUUCAAAUGGCCCAGAUUGAAUCAGACCUCCAAGUGACUCAACAGGAAAAGGAGGCUCUAAAGCAGGAAGUGAUGACAUUGCACAGACAACUUCAAAAUGCUGUUGACAAGGACUGGGCCUCAGAAACAGCUCCCCAUCUCUCAGGCCUCCAGGGCCAGCAGAAAAGGCUGUCCUGGGACAAACUGGACCAUCUGAUGAAUGAGGAACCAGAGCUGCUUUGUCAAGAAAGCAAGAGACUCCAGACUGUGGUACAGAACACCCAAGCAGACCUCACACACUCCCGGGAGAAGGUCCGUCAACUGGAAUCCAACCUUCUUCCCACUAAACACCAAAAACAACUCAAUCAGUCAUGUACUGUGAAGCCCAUGGAACAAGAAAAAUUUACCUUAAAGAGAGAGUGUGAACAGUCUCAGAAAGAACGAUCUCCUACUAGUAGGAAGGUCAGUCAGAUGAAUUCCCUUGAGCGAGAAUUAGAAACAAUCCAUCUGGAAAAUGAAGGUCUGAAGAAGAAACAGGUGAGACUGGAUGAGAAGCUAAUGGAGAUGCAGCCCCUGAGGUCCACUGUGACGCGUAGCCCGUCGUCUCACUGGGAUCUGCAGUUGCUCCAGCAGCAAGCCUGUCCGAUGGUGUCCAGGGAGCAGUUUCUGCAGCUUCAACAGCAGCUGCUGCAGGCAGAAAAGAGAAGCCAGCACCUGCAGGAGGAGCUUGACAACAGGACCUCUGAAACCAACACACCACAGGCCUUGCUACCGGAGCAGCGAGCAGUGCAUGCAGAUUCCUACAGAAGGAUUGGGCACCUCUGAAAACUGGGCCGCUGUUGAUGGCAUUUGUUACCAUGACAGAGUCUCAAAUGCACACAUGCACACAUGUACACACAUGCACACCACACACAGACAUGAGCUGGGACAUGUUGGAAUCAAGUGCUCUUUAAAAUUAUUUGACUGUUACCUUCACUGUUAAAGCCUUCACAGUAUUGUCUCUUAUUUAUGUAGACUUUGUGAAUCAGUCACAAACUUCAGAUUGCUAUAAAUCAGCUUACUUAUGGUUUAAAGAGUGGAUUUAAGAUUCUUAAAAGGAUAUAUUCUAUAUAUUUUCUCAUUCCAUAUGUUGUAAUUAUUUUUUUAAAAAGGUACUACUUUUAUAUAUGGAAUUUGAAGAAAAUCGGGGUUAUUUAUACUGUUUUGUAUGAUGUAUCAUACUUUUUGACAGAAAAAGGGGGAAUUUUGAUGCAACAAUAAAAUAAAAUUUAAAUGUA